CCAAGCUACUUAAAUAUCCACUCUCGUGGAUGCCUACGCAAGCAUUUUGUAUGCUUGUGCUGUGACUCUGCGUGGGUCUCCUGACCUCAGAGGAAUCCCGCUAUUCCCUGAACUCUGGGAAUAGCAACAUGAGGCACAAAGCUCUUUCGCCCUCCCCUGGUGACUGGUACCCCUGGGUCCCAAGAAUCUGCAAUGCCUCAUCUCCCAAGCAGCUAAUCAGAGGAGACUGAGAAGAUGGGAAAGGAUUUGUGGGGAAUCAACCUGGAAAGAGCUGGUUUACCCAAGAUGAUGCCUCUGAAGCUAGGAGCCUUGGUUCUGUGCUUGUAUUUACAAAGCCUUGGGAAACUGGAGGGGAAGCAAAGGCAUCCAGAAUCUAAAAUCCUCUGAGAUAAUUUGUCAUUGCCUUGGAAGCCACACCACCAGGCUGCUGUCCUGCGCUGGGGUCAGAGUCCGGGCAGUGCUGUGAGCACCGAGGCUGCAAGUCGCCAGAGCCACCCGGCGCUUCGCGCUCCUGUGGGCUUUGCGCUCUGAAGACGUGUCCCCGCACCAUCUUCCCAGACGCUGUGCGGGAGGUCUGAAACAGCCCAGCUGGUGCCUCGAAAGGGAGUUUCUAGAAGCUCCAUCUCUGCUGCCUCCCCUCCCCUUCCGAUUUGGAAUUAUAACCCCGCCAGGGAGCUGCCGCAGCUCCACCACAGCCUCCGCCCGCCCUCCGAAGGGACAAGGUGCCACCGACGCCGCUCGCCGCUGGCCGGCCCCGGGGUCUGACCCUAGCGCCGCCGCGGUGUCGCGGAUGCUCCGGUGGCGGAGCCGGGGACUCCCCGCCCUUGCGCGCGACCCCGCUGCUGGGCGGGCGGCGCUUGCGGCGGGCAAGGGGCGGGCAGGGCAGCUGGGACUCGUCCGGGGGUAGCCGCCUCCUCUGCAUCCCGCCCCGCGCCUCCCGGAUCCCCGGCCGCAUCCUCCGCCUCUGCCUCCAGCGGCUGCCAGCCUCCUCCUCUCGCCACCCCGGCCUCCCGCCGCCCCCUCCGCCGCGCCCCCGUGACUGUGCCUCGGCGGAGCCGGGAGGAGGGGGCCUGUGGCGCGUCGGCCGCCCCGCUCUGUUCGGCGGGCUUGGCCGGGAGGCGUGCAUGCCCCUGCUGCCCGCCGCGCUCAUCAGCAGCAUGCUCUAUUUCCAGAUGGUGAUCAUGGCAGGGACGGUGAUGCUGGCGUACUACUUCGAAUACACCGACACAUUCACCGUGAACGUGCAGGGCUUCUUCUGCCACGACAGCGCCUACCGCAAGCCCUAUCCGGGCCCAGAGGACAGCAGCGCGGUGCCCCCGGUGCUCCUCUACUCGCUGGCCGCUGGCGUCCCAGUGCUCGUGAUAAUAGUUGGAGAAACCGCAGUGUUUUGCCUACAAUUAGCCACAAGGGAUUUUGAAAACCAGGAAAAAACUAUUUUAACGGGAGAUUGUUGCUAUAUAAACCCUCUGGUACGCCGAACUGUCCGAUUUCUUGGAAUUUAUGCAUUUGGGCUGUUUGCUACAGACAUCUUUGUCAAUGCUGGGCAAGUGGUGACAGGAAACCUGGCCCCACACUUCCUGGCCUUGUGUAAGCCCAACUACACAGCGCUGGGCUGUCAGCAGUACACACAGUUCAUCAGUGGGGAGGAAGCUUGCACGGGCAACCCGGAUCUCAUCAUGAGAGCGAGGAAGACAUUUCCAUCCAAAGAAGCUGCCCUCAGUGUCUAUGCUGCCAUGUAUCUGACGAUGUACAUUACCAACACUAUCAAAGCCAAAGGAACCAGACUUGCUAAGCCUGUUCUAUGCUUGGGAUUAAUGUGUUUGGCCUUUCUUACUGGACUCAACAGAGUAGCAGAAUAUCGAAAUCAUUGGUCAGAUGUGAUAGCAGGCUUUCUAGUUGGAAUAUCUAUAGCAGUAUUUCUGGUUGUUUGUGUGGUGAAUAACUUCAAAGGAAGACAACCAGAAAAUGGGCACACUCACAGGGACAGUGCUGCCCGGAUGCCAAUGAUCAACAUUCCUCGGGUAGAAAGCCCUUUGGAAAAGGUAACAUCUGUGCAGAACCACAUCACUGCCUUUGCGGAAGUCACAUGAUACAGAAGCAGAUGGUUUUUCCCUGCACUGGACAUCAUCCCUUUUUACCAUCCAUUCAUAACAAAGUUUAUUUGAUUACACAGGAAAUUUAUAAAAACAUGUCUGAGACUUUUUAUAAUUUUGAAACCCAAUAACACCCUCUCUGAGACCCUUCCCCUACCCCUACCCCCCCCAAUAGACUGUGAGCUCCUCAGGAGCAGGGCCAUGGCUUUUCCUCCUGUAUUCCCGCCACCCAGCACAAAGCCCAGCACAAAUGUGUGGGUGUUCAGAGAAAACAUGAUGAUAAAACGAACAAGUUAAAUCUUAAAUAAAAUGGUCGCUUUAGUUUCUCAAAAAAAAAAAAUCUCUGUGACUAUGUGGAAAAAAAUCCUCCACAUGGGUUAUAUUUGUAUAAAAGAAACCCUCUAUUUUGGGCUAGUUAAGCCUUUUUAAUUUUUCAUAUGUCUAUUCAGCAGUACAGCAUAUUUAAUUUAAAGUGAUUUUGAAAGUCAUGGGGGCUUUUUAUUAUGCAGCAUGACAUUAUUUCCAUUCUAACAGAUUUCAGUGUGUGAAAUCACUUUACUUUUAGAAAGUAUGUCCUAUACUAAAUUGUUUGCUCACUAUAUUAUGCUAUAUUUCACCUAAAACACCAUUCAUACUACACAUUCUAAGACUGGUGCUUCUGCUUUUAAAGGGGAAAAUGCCAAUUUUUACUGUCACUGAGUAAUAUAUCAUAAUUAAAAUUAUUUAUUUGGACUUUUUCUUUGACAGCUGUGAUUUAAUGUUUGAGUUGCAGUUUUUGAAUGCAGGCAAUAUUUAGAAUAGAUUAAGGUAAAUCCAGCCAUGAUACCUUUUUGUUGAGUAUCUUUCCAUCAUUAACAGUAACUCAAGAAUGGCUGUCGUCCAUUCUUAAGCUUUUGUUACUGGCCAAGAAUUCAAAUAAUUUAAACGGGAAAGGGCCACACCUUAGAAAGUAUGAUGAAGAUUCUAGAAAUAUAAUUAAUGUAUUUUUGUAGUUGUCUAAUACAUUAAUUAAAGUGUAUUUCUAUUUAUUUUAUCAUUUAACCCUCACAGCAGUCAUGUAUAAAUAUAUAAAGAUGGCUUUAUUUCCACAUGAGAAAAAUAAAGCCAAGACUGAUAACACACCCAGUCUCAUACCACUAGUCAAGGCGAGAGUUAAAUAUAAAAUGCAGAAAUACCCUGAGACUUGCAUUUUUCUCAAAUAUGCCACAGAUGCCUCAACUUUCAUGACACUGAGGCCAUUAUGAGGCCAUUAGAGUCCUGAGCAACUACCUAUGUUUAAAAAAGAAAAAGAAAGAAAAAUAAAAAAGAGAAAUGCCAAAAUGUGGUUACAGAAGGUCUGCGGUAUUUUAAAUGUUUACCUUAUAUGAGUGAGCAUAAGGCUAUAAAUACAGAGCUAUCCAGAAUUAUAUUCAUAAUUCUAUUUAAUAACAAUGAAGUUCCAGUGUCUAGAUGUGAGGUUCUUCGUAAAAGAGUAGUCCAAAUGGAGUGUAUCAGCUCUGCGCCUCAGCUGUCAUUCAGGAAAUAGGCUGAGAGACAGACUUUACAGAAAUCAAGGGACUAAAAGCGAAAGAAUCUCCACAGAAUAAGAAAGAUGAAGCCAUGAGUCAUUUUGCUGCUUCUCAAGCUAACCCACAAUACUUUGACUUAAAUGUGCAGAAACUGAUUUUUUAAAAGUCUUUCUAGUCUUGAAAGAGAGUUGAAAGUAAACACUUACCUUACUCUCUUAAUUUCAACAGAAGUCAGCAAAUAAUUAAAAUCAAAGACUUGUCUAUUACUUCCAAAUCAAUUUUAAUUGCCCAAUUCAAUCUUUCAGGAGUCAAAACACUUUCACUAAAAGCCAAAUUAAAAAAAAAAAAUCCCAUUUUAAAAAUUGCAGAUCUCCAUAGCAAUGUAAUUCUUUUGAAAAGUUAGAGCAAAUUUUGCAUGUCUUGCCCAUCUUUAAAGACAUGCGUUAGAAAGCAUUAGCAAUGGUCAAUUUGCUUCCUAGGACUGAAAUAAUGUCAAGCAAAAACAGGGUAGCUAGUCAGGCCUGCACAAUUCCUUAAUAUUACUGGUUCUCUAUCCACUUUAGAAGGACCCAAGCAAGAUUUUCCCCCCUUGGAGGCCUUAACAUUGUAUAAAAAUGUCCAAGUCAGUGAUGAUGUUUUUCAUCUUUCUUAACCUGGUCAGAAUAAAAUAGUUAUAAAUUAAAGAACAAACCGGGAUAAGAACGAAAUCACUUCUACUGUUAUAUUUAAGCAUCAUGAACCCAAGGUUGUGCAAUGAAAAGUCCAGGAAAAAUAUGUGAGUCAACCAAGCCCAGCAGAGAAUACUUAACCAUGAUGCUAUUACUGAGAAUAAUGGAAAAUACAAUUAAGAAUAUGUCAAAAGGAUGGCUGGAGCUGGAGUUCAGUGGCACACCAGUUGGCUAGCAUGCACAGGGCCUGGGUUCAAUCCCCAGACCUGUAAAAGAAAGCACUAAUAACAAGAUAUAAAUAUGUACAUACAUAGUCUAGUAAAAGCAGGCAAUCACACACCUUUCUGAUAGAGAAUUUCAUUUUUAUUCUACUUCCUUGGGGCCCAGGUCAGUGUAAAUCGUUCAAGCUGAAAACUUCAGUAGUGUCUGUUUGCAUGGCAGAAAUUCUGCACAAGUCUUAUCUGAUGCCUAAGGUAACUUAAAAGGCUCUUUUAUGUUAAAAGAGAGGAGAACCUUCUUUGACAGAGUUUGUCUAUUCAACUCCUAACUGGGCCUCUCUUUUUCUCAGGAUCUAUCCUAGCCAAAUAUCUCGGUUACAUUCACCAUAGUUUCCUUUGUGAAAGAACAGUGGGGGAAGAGAUAAUUCUCUGCUGUGUAUUGUAUUUUUCAAAUAAAAAUUUAAAAAUUAAAUUAAAAAA